AUGCUAAUGGAGGGGACGAUCGAGAAAUUUCGGGUAGGUACUCGCCUUCGUUUGCUAUCGCGGAGUGAUCACUUGACGAAAAUGGUAUGUCUGACAAGAUGUGACUUCGUCGUAAGUUCUCUACAUCGUUCAGACGACGAACGUUGCGGUUCCCUCAUUUCAGCACAUAUUGAAACUUAUCUGCCUGGAACCAUCCCUCUUCUCCUACGACUGCAACGUGGCCAGUUGUGCCUCGGGCAGUUACCGGGCCAGCUCCUCCACACUCAACCGGCCAGUUGCUCGCGCGCACCCGCAACUGGGCACCAAGCGCCGGCUGCACACCUUCGACGAACUGAUCCGACAGCAAAUGGUGGCGCGACACUCCGUCCAACCCCAACAAAGCGCGUUCCAUCAACUGCUGCAAGCCGGGGAAGAACAUGGUCGGGUCAGACCUCAGGCCCCAUCCCGGCCGUCUUGAACCCCCUCAUAGCCUCCUGGCGGUCGGCCGGCCUGGAACCAUCCCUCUUCUCCUACGACUGCAACGUGGCCAGUUGUGCCUCGGGCAGUUACCGGGCCAGCUCCUCCACACUCAACCGGCCAGUUGCUCGCGCGCACCCGCAACUGGGCACCAAGCGCCGGCUGCACACCUUCGACGAACUGAUCCGACAGCAAAUGGUGGCGCGACACUCCGUCCAACCCCAACAAAGCGCGUUCCAUCAACUGCUGCAAGCCGGGGAAGAACAUGGUCGGGUCAGACCUCAGGCCCCAUCCCGGCCGUCUUGA